GGCACCCGCGCAUGCGUAGAGCGGCGGCGGAGCGAUGCAGGCGGCCCUGGAGAUCACGGCGCGGUACUGCCGCAACGAGAUGGAGCAGUACGGGCGCUGCGUGGCCGCCAGCCCGACUUCGUGGCAGACGGACUGCCACAGCCUCCGCCUCAGCAUGUCCCGCUGCGCCGCCACGCACCCCAUCGUGCAGCGGAUCCGGGAGGACUGCGCUGAGCCCUUUGUGGCCUUCGAGCAGUGCCUGAAGGAGAACCAGGCGUCAGUGCUGAACUGCAGUGAGCACGUCAACGCCUUCCUGCGCUGCGCCGAGCGGGUGAAGCUCCUGGCGUGAGGUGAGGGGUGCAAGGAUCCAGCCCAGAAUAUGCUGAGAGGAGACCCCCAGAAUUAAAACUCAUCAUCAGGAGCGAAGGAGAACUCUUUGUGCUCUGCAUUCUCAUCGCAGUGCUUGGUUGGGUUGCUUCUCCCCCUCUGAAAAACCCACAGGUUGUUUGGGUACGAAGCGAAAACCACCUUUUUUCCUGCAGGUUGUGCUCAGCAAUUUCUUUUCUCACUAAGGACAGCAUUUUCCCUUUAUCCUGAUUAAAAAAUAACCAACAGACACGCUGCUGAAGACUGAAAGCCAGCUCUGCCUUUUCCCACUGGUGAUAGAAGCUGCUUUUGGAGCUGAUCUGACUCCAGUGAUGUUUCCUCAAGCAUGGCGUUCCCAGCUUGCCCAAUCUGGGAGCACCGUGGGCUUUCUACUGCAUUAGAACAGCAGAGGGAGUCUUCCCACCAGCAGAAUGACUGAGAACUUCAGAGCUCCUCAAACUCUGAGCCAUCAGCAGCGCGAUGGAGAUCUAUCUGUGGGAGGGUGGGGGGCUGCUGCCUGCGUCCUCACAUGGGGGGGACACAGAGCCCUCCAGGGAGGUGAUCUCUGGGCUGUAAUGAAUGGGAAUAAACGAUAACAUUGUGAGGAUAUUUUACAAGGAGUGGAUAAAGAGCUGCGAGCGCUUCUGCGGAGGGAGAGCUGCUCUCCUCCGUUGUGCUGCUCUCUGCAAACUGCUGUUUUUCGACCCCGCUGCUCCCAUUCCAGCGUCUGACCACUCGUUUGGAGGAGAAAUUCUUCCUAACGUCCAACCUAUGUAAUAUGAGGCCAUGAGUUGUUGUACCUGAAAGGAAAGGUGAGAUGUGGAGCAGGAACUUGGCUCGGACCCAUUCCCAGUGCCAUACCCCGCCCCAGGUUGCACGGAUCCGCGUUCCAGCCCGGCGUGAGGCCAAGCAGAGUUGGCAGCCAUCACUCAGUGUUCUCCAGCUGGGCAGAGUUUAACUCCUUUGGGGAGAGGGACAGCAAAUGGAAGUGGGUCUGUCCCUGCUUCCAGCGCAGCCAGAAUCGCCUCGAUGCCCUUCAGCACGAGUGGAAUUUGAGAUGGAGCAGAUGAGGACGUCCACCCUUGCAGGAAACGUUAUUUUUCCCUUUUACAGAACACUGUGUUUGGAAUGUAGAACUGAAACAUGUUCUGUGUUCCAAGUCAGGAGAAAAAGGUGACGGUAGCUUUGCUUCAAGGGGAACUUUGGGAAGCUCUAUCGGAGGAAAAACGUAUUUUGAGUGAUUUUUUGGCAAUGCAUUUACCCUGAGCAGCACAGUUGGCAAUGUCUGCGGCCCAAACAGCUUUAUGAAGGGCUGCAUGGGAGCGGAGGUGCUUUGCAUGUUGUUGACACUGCAUUGAAAUGUCAGCACGGCGGCAGCAAAGCCAUUUUUCAUUACAGUUGAGGUGCUGUGGGCCCCCUCUGAAGCCUGGUCACAUCUCCUCCAGAGCUGGAGCUGCUCCAUUAUUUCUUCAUCAACACAUUAACCACUGAGCUGCUGGGGUGCCUCGCAUGGGGCAGCAGGAUCCGACCAAUUCUGAGCCUGGAAAGUGGUUCUGCUGCUCUUUUCCCUCUGCGUUUUGGCUGUGACAAGUGGAAGAGGAGGGCACAGCAGCAAAGCCACGUACAGGUGGUGAGAAACUGCCCCUGAAAGCAGGGAAAAAGGCUGUUAUUUCCAAAUCCAUCCACUCCUUCCAUGUUUCUACCCUUGGAAAUUGUGGUCAGCCACUUCCUAAAGAGCAGCAGCUAAAGAGCGUUUCCUAAAGAGAGCAUUGGUUGCUCCAUUGUCGUUCACCCAGCAGAAACUGCCACCUGAAAACAUGGGAUGUGCAGAUCUCUGCGUGACUGCAGUUCUGCUUCUCGGCUCCCAUCCUCACUCUGUGGCCAUGGCCCCAUUCUGUCUUUAUUUCCCCCACUUUUCAUUGUUCUCAGCUCUGGUUGUGUUUGGGGGUUAAGGAAGCUGGGGGUCAGUUCUGCUUUCCCUUCCCCACUGCGUGUCCCUGCAAGCAAACCCUGAGCUGUCCCACGUCUCCAUGCGUGUCCCCCUGAUAUAAAGAACACCCACCCAGCUGGGGAGCAACGAGGAAUAACUAAUUAAGGUGUCCUGAGCUGUUUAUCUAACAGACACCCGAGGAUCGCUGUGAUGAUUUCCCCGCUUCGUUUUUCCCCUUUUCUUUUUGGAGCUCAGAACACAAAGUUGAGCACCGGGUUUUUGUGUUUCCCUCCCAUAGCUUUGACUGAGGUUGGUGUCACUUUUCCUUCCAAGCGGAACUCUGGAGGUGAAUCACACACGGCCCCGGAAUGAGGAACUCCCCCGAAAGCCUCUUUAAUUUUUCACCCAGAAAAUAUUCUCGUUUUACACUCUGCUUCUCUUACUGAAAGGAGCCAUAAAUCAGCACCGUCCCCUUUGGUGUUGGCCGUCGGCGGGGGAGAUUUAGUGCUGCCAGCAGCCCUGGGACUGUGGUGGGCAGCAGCAGAGGGCGGAGAGCCGUGCGGAGCUGCAUUCCAUUCGCACACACCGUUUGCUUUCCUUGGCUGUGGGCCCGCUGGGCUUCGAGCUGCUGCGAGGGGAGCAGGGUGGGCAGAUGGAGGGUUUUCCACUCUGUGGCUGCUCUGUUGUUUUGCUUUUCCUCACUUUUCUCCCCCUCUCUGGGCAGAAAGAUGCCCGGGAAUUUCUAGCGUGCUGCUGGGAGCCCUGUGUGCUGAGAGCAAGGUUUGCUCCAAUCAACAGCACUGAGGCAAAGCCAGAAAGCGUGGGUGUCAUCCAGCCUGCUGCCCUCCUGCUCUCUGUUCUGCUGCAUGGUGAGCUCAGCCUUUCCCUGGAGUGAUUUCCUCCCCCCCGAGUGCACAUUCCUCAUCACUGCCACGGGACUGAGCUCCCCGCCGUCCGUCAGUGCUUUGCAAGAGUCAGAUCCCAAUCACAAAGCUCCUCCUGCCUCAGAAGCAGUGCUUGCCGUCUCUUAUUGCUGCAAGAAUGCAUUUCCAGCUGCAAAAUACAGCUGGGAGCAAUCACCGAGCCCCGAUACCUGGCUGUGCUGCUGGUGCUUCCAGCGGGAUCCCCUUGCAACCCACUGAGCUGUCACCACAUGACAAGGGUGGAAGUGAACCGACUGCAGCAAAGUGCCCUACCCAGUGGCUACGUGGGCAAAGUUACGCCCAAAACUGCUGUUUCUGCAAAAGGUUCCCCCUUCCCUCUUACAAAGAGAUGUCAGAGUGAUGGUGAACUGCGAUAUGGAGAGCGGAGGAGGGUCCAGCUGCAGACCAUGGCACUGCGAGUGCAAAGGGAAAUGAGUGCCCCAUCGGUGGCUGUCAGAUCCACACAGCUUUGAGUGGGAUGAGCUCUGUAAGGGCCGUGGUUAUAUUACACAGAUUUCUUUCUGCCCAUUCCCUCCAACAGAGUCUCGGGAAGGCAAAAAAAUUCCUGAUAGGAAGCGAAAUGCAGCAGGAUUGCGGCUCCUUUCAUCCCCAGCGCUGGAUUUACAGAGCUCCUCCGUGACCACAGACAACCAUCAUGAGCCAUUUUUAUUUUUUUUAAUCAGUGGAGGGAAUACACACUUUUACAAUCAGACUGACAAAAGCCCGGGGGAGGCUUAGAAGUAAAACACCACAUACAGAAACAUCAGCCGGGUUCUCAGCUGCACUUCAACUCACGACUGUGGAGGUCAAGAUUUAAAAAGUCACGAUUUCCUGUUGGAGUCGUCUGCUCGUCAGUCCCUCUGUCAGAACAGAUGUGGGGAAAUCAGUUCUGGAGGACCUCCUUCCUUCAUCUGGCACAAUUCUGGGAAAACCUGACCUUUCCAGCAAUAUUGGCUCUGUGUCCUUCACAGCUGUAAAGAACCAAAUCCCACACUUGGAUCCUGGUUGGGAGAAUAAAGGAUUUCUGUUUGGUAAUAA